GGGGCGAGUGGAAGAAAAGGUGGGCGGAGCCGGUGGGAAGGCCGGGCGGAGGGGGCGGGCCUUCGGCCAGCUAAGCCGCGGCCACCCGCGGUCUGAGGGACCGGAGGAGCGGGGCCGGGAGCUGCGAGGAGCACCCCAGACGUCGCCGAGCGCGAGGGCGGGCGUGCUCGGAGUGGUCGCUCGUCAGCCGCUGCCCCUCAGUCUCCGCACUUACAGGUCCCCUCCCUCUCCGCCGGGACGCGGGAGAGCCCGGCUCGCGGCGGGGGCGGCCAAUGCGAAACUGGCUGGUGCUGCUGUGCCCGUGUGUGCUCGGGGCCGCGCUGCACCUCUGGCUGCGGCUGCGCUCCCCGCCGCCCGCCCGCGCCUCCGGGGCCGGCCCUGCAGAUCAGUUGGCCUUAUUUCCUCAGUGGAAAUCUACUCACUAUGAUGUAGUAGUUGGUGUGUUGUCAGCUCGCAAUAACCAUGAACUUCGAAACGUGAUAAGAAGCACCUGGAUGAGACAUUUGCUACAGCAUCCCACAUUAAGUCAACGUGUGCUUGUGAAGUUCAUAAUAGGUGCUCAUGGCUGUGAAGUGCCUGUGGAAGACAGGGAGGAUCCUUAUUCCUGUAAACUACUCAACAUCACAAAUCCAGUUUUGAAUCAGGAAAUUGAAGCGUUCAGUCUGUCCGAAGACACUUCAUCGGGGCUCCCUGAGGAUCGCGUUGUCAGUGUGAGUUUCCGAGUUCUCUACCCCAUCGUUAUUACCAGUCUUGGAGUAUUCUACGAUGCCAGUGAUGUGGGUUUCCAGAGGAACAUCACUGUCAAACUUUAUCAGGCAGAACAAGAGGAGGCCCUCUUCAUUGCUCGCUUCAGUCCUCCAAGCUGUGGUGUGCAGGUGAACAAGCUGUGGUACAAGCCUGUGGAACAGUUCAUCUUACCAGAGAGCUUUGAAGGUACAAUCGUGUGGGAGAGCCAAGACCUCCACGGCCUUGUGUCAAGAAAUCUCCACAAAGUGACAGUGAAUGAUGGAGGGGGAGUUCUCAGAGUCAUUACAGCUGGGGAGGGUGCAUUACCUCAUGAAUUCUUGGAAGGUGUGGAGGGAGUUGCAGGUGGUUUUAUAUAUACUGUUCAGGAAGGUGAUGCUCUCUUACACAACCUUCAUUCUCGCCCUCAAAGACUUAUUGAUCAUAUAAGGAAUCUCCAUGAGGAAGAUGCCUUACUGAAGGAGGAAAGCAGCAUCUAUGAUGAUAUUGUUUUUGUGGAUGUUGUCGACACUUAUCGUAAUGUUCCUGCAAAAUUAUUGAACUUCUAUAGAUGGACUGUGGAAACAACCAGCUUCAAUUUGUUGCUGAAGACAGAUGACGACUGUUACAUAGACCUCGAAGCUGUAUUUAAUAGGAUUGCCCAAAAGAAUCUGGAUGGGCCUAAUUUUUGGUGGGGAAAUUUCAGACUGAAUUGGGCAGUUGACCGAACCGGAAAGUGGCAGGAGUUGGAGUACCCCAGCCCCGCUUACCCUGCCUUUGCAUGUGGGUCAGGAUAUGUGAUCUCCAAGGACAUCGUCAAGUGGCUGGCAAGCAACUCGGGGAGGUUAAAGACCUAUCAGGGUGAAGAUGUAAGCAUGGGCAUCUGGAUGGCAGCCAUAGGACCCAAAAGAUACCAGGACAGCCUGUGGCUGUGUGAGAAGACCUGUGAGACAGGAAUGCUGUCUUCUCCUCAGUAUUCUCCAUGGGAACUGACGGAACUGUGGAAACUGAAGGAACGGUGCGGUGAUCCUUGUCGAUGUCAGGCAAGAUAACAGGGACUUGAAUUAGCGUCUAAAAUCAGGGCAGGCAAACGAUAAUCUGAGUGCAAGUCUGAGGAGUCCCAGGGUUUAGCAGUAGACUGUAUGGUCUUUCAAGAGAGUUCCAGACCGGCACUUUCACCCAGAACCAAUGCGGUGUUUCUUAAUGUUUGCACAAAUUUCCUUAAAAAUCAACUUGUACUGUAGCAUAAGAAAAGUUUUUAUUUAUCUAUUGGAAGAUUAUCAGAAAAAUACCAAGUUAUUUUAUAAAAGAAAAAAUAUUUCUAAAUCCUGAUGCAUUGUGGCUAAUUAGUAAUUCACCAUUACCUAUGGUUUUUGGUUAAAACUUGGCCUAGUUCAGAAAUCUGUAGUAGUAACUGAGAGUUUGAAUUUCAACCUGGAUUGCAGGAUAGCUCUGUAGAGCUUAAUUAGGAUAAUUAUCGGACCAAAAGAACUCACAGGAAUGCUGUGUGAUCAUGUGAUCACAUAUUUGAGCAGUGGUCACUUAUACCAAAGUUUGGGGCUUCUGGAAAUAAUGUCAGAUUUUGUGGAUCUCUGAAGUGGGCAACUUGAACUUGAAGAGGAACCAAGAUGAUUCUCAGUUCUGAACCUUGGUUUUAAAGAAGUUCAUUUAUAUGGUAGACUAAUAACCAAGUUUUCUUUCUGCCAUCUAACAUAAAUCCUGAAGGUCACAGUUUAGUACUCAUAGUUUUUAAAUGCUAAAGUUUUGUGAGUAUGAAUAAAAGCAAAUACCUCUCAGGGUUUUAGUGCUAUCGGGAAGGAUAUUUCUAAAUUGUUGACAUUUUGAAAGAAUUAGUUUUGCUUUCCUCCUAUCAUUGCCUAAUGUUUACCUAAUAUGAGUACAUUUCAAUCAAAGCUGGUUAUCUUCUACAGAAGAUAUACUCAGCUUAGGUGUAAUUGUAGGGAAGAGCAUGUGAUUAAUUUAAGUACUCUUAGAAAUAGUGCAACUGAGAAGACAGAUAAUAGCAUAUUGUUAUACAUAGUAGACGAUGUGUCUCCCCAAGUUUAAGGGACGUUUCCCAAAAUGACCAACCAAAUCAUUUUCGUAACCCUUUAAAAUAGUAGUUUCAAUAGAGAAUUCCAUUAAAACUAGUCUUAUGACAGACAUUAACUGUGUUCAGAUUUUAUUAGGCUAGCUAGUUUCUAUUUAAUAUUUAAAUCUUAUCAUGAAAUGCAGCGAUGAACUGUAAAAAUAAAUAUGAAGUAAGAUCAGAAAAUCGUUAGUAGGUUCAAAGCCUUUAUUAUUGCUAUUAUGUAUAAGCCUAGAAAUGGUUACUUCCCAACAAAAAAUACAUCCGUUGUUAAAAUACAUCCCUUGUUGUACUUAGGGCAAGUUGUAAACCCCCUUUGUUUUGAUAGUAGAAUUGUUCCAGUGAAUCAUUUAUUUCCGGUGAACCCCAGACACGAUAAGCAGUGUAGUCUCUAAAUUUUAUUAGUUGGUUGUCACCAUCGCACUAAUAGACAAUCUCCAUUUUCCACAGAAUAAAACUGUAAUGACUUUAGGUCAUUUUCCAGCUCGAUUUCUCUGCCCGGCUUCUAAAAUUAGAAUGAAGGUGGGGAAGGAUGUGAUUAAGACAGAUCCGAUAAAGCAUGUUACACAUACUCUUCCCCCACCCCGUCCCCAGGCAGUAGCUUACCCUUAAAAUCAAACAAACAGACCUAUGGUCUCCAUUUAGAAUCAAACUGUUGCUAUCUAGAGACAGUUUAAUGUCAUAAUAUGAGGACUAAGCUUGACUUUGUAUUUUGCUGGGCAACUUACUUUGGGACUUUCAUAGGACAACAGAAGGUCUGACACAGGAACUUUGAGAAGACGUGACAGCAAUCCCUUCACCUUUUGAAUGGUCAUGGAGCCUAUCAAAAGACAAGAAAAGUCCAUUCGUUCUCUCAAAUGACAGUAACCUGUAAAACUAGCUCAUGUGAUGAGACCACAGUAUCAUUGCAAUGAUAGCUGUAUCUGUCCUCUUUUUUUUUUUUUUUGAGACUUACUUAAGUCUUGCUCUGUCGCCCAGGCUGGAGCGCAAUGGUGUAAUCUCAGCUCAUUGCAACCUCCACUUCCCGGGUUCAAACAAUUCUCCUGCCUCAGCCUCCUGAGUGGCUGGUGCCCAUCACCACACCCAGCUAACUUUUGUAUUUUUAGUAGAGACGGGGUUUCACCACGUUGGCCAGGCUGGUCUCGAACUCCUGACCUCGUGAUCUGCCUGCCUUGGCCUCCGAAAGUGCUGGGAUUACAAGCAUGAGCACAGCGCCUGGCUGUAUCUGUCAUUUUACCCAAGUCACUUUACCCAAGUAAUUAGGGGAAAGUCUGAGUCUUGUACCACCUGUUCAUUUGCGGAACUGUGGGAAACGGAGCCAACGGACCUAAAUGCCCUUUGACAGUGAGUUUCACACCAUUUCUGGUAUUCUGUACUAGAAAUACAUGUAGUGUAUUUCUUUCUUAUCUGAAUAAACCAGAAUGAUACUCUCAGCACAGAAGAAUAAAGGGAGUGAGUCAUUAACGUUUUCUUUUUAAACCUUUAUGAUGACUUCCUUAUGAAUUACUGAACGAACACUGGAAUGGGACUCAGGUAUCCUGAGGACUUUUCUCAAUCUGGCCUUAGUUCCCCCUCUGUAACAUGAGGGUGUCGACUAAAUGAUCUACAAGGUCCCUUCCAGUGCUGCCAUUCUGUAAUUAUGUAAUGUGUAACUGUGUUAAACAUACACAAGUGACUGCCAGGCAUGGGAACGUAACUUCCGAGUAAAUGCUUUGGUUUGUUCAGAAUACGCUAUGAACUUCUUUCCAAAGACGGGUUGUGGUAAAUAGUGGAUAUUUUGAUUAUGAGAAAUAGAGUUUCCGUGAAGCUUUAGCUGGAGAUACAGCAAUAGUGUGGUGUUACUACAAAUAUCACAGUGUAUUCAAACAUAUUUUUCUAUCAAAAAUCAUUUUUGUAAAAGCUGUGUGUUUUUAUGCAACUUGUGAUAAUAAAUGUUUAUUUUAGAAUAAAA